AUGUGCAUAAUACAGAAGCACACCCACACUAUUAUACUCAUGGACUUGGGAAAGAACUUUAUCCUUUCAUUCAUAAAAUCGGCCCAUUACAAUUUCCAACACCACCGUACAAUAGUAAAGGUGCGUUUAAAAUGGGUGAAAAACCGCUCACUGGACCAUAUAAUCGACGUCCAAACAGACCUUAAGGCCGCUUGUCUAAUAAAAGAUGCUAUUACCCGCUCUUCCACAGGAUACUUAACUGCAAAAUCACUUUCUGAUUCCCAAAAGCUGUUGGGCCUCACUGUCCCAACUCUACGCUUCAUUCGACGGUACCCUACGCUGUUCGAGGAGUAUCCUCACCCAAAAUAUCCUUCCUUGCCCUGUUUCAGGCUUACACAGUUGGCUCAAAUUCUGCAAGAGAGAGAAAUGAGAGUUUUUGAGGAGUGCGAAGGUGAUACUGUGGAGAGGCUUUGCAAAGUGCUCAUGAUGACCCAGAAUAAAGUGGUGCCUGUACAAUCAAAUGUAAGUAACUUUACCCUGAACCGAUUGCCUAAUGACUUUGACCGCAAUUUAGUUAAAAAGUAUCCAGAAAAAUUUACGGUUGUUAAGGGGAGAAAUGGAUUGGACUGUUUGAAACUUGUUCAGUGGCAGGAAGAAUUCUCAGUUUCUAUGUUACAGAAGAUCAACGAGAAGAGUGUACCCUUGAGCACAGAUAAUGCUAGUAGUAUUGGUCUUGUUGGUUAUGGGAGAUUUAAGAAGGGCAAGGCGGCGUUAGAGUUCCCAAUGAGUUUUCCAAGGGGUUAUGGAGCACAGAAGAAGGUGAAGGCAUGGAUGGAUGAGUUUCAAAAGUUGCCGUAUAUUUCACCUUAUGAGGAUUCAAGGGGAAUUGAUCCAAAUAGUGAGCUUAUGGAGAAAAGGGUUGUUGGGGUGCUGCACGAAUUUUUGAGCUUGUCUAUUUAUAAGAAAACUAAAAGGAAUUACUUGAGGAGCUUGAGGGAGGAUUUGAAUCUUCCGCACAAGUUUACUCGAAUAUUUACAAGGUACCCUGGGAUAUUCUACCUCUCACUGAAGUGCAAGACAACAACUGUGGCAUUGAGAGAAGGGUAUCGUAGGGGAAGACUGGUGGACCCUCAUCCUCUUGCUCGCCACAGGGAUAAGGUUCACUAUGUAAUGAGAACUGGGUUGGUUUAUCGAAAUAAAGCUGCAGAUUUUUUACCCCAGCUUGACAAUUUGGUUGAUAAUGCUGAGAAUGAUAAUGCAGAAGAAGAAUCUGAUGAAGAAGAAAUUGAAAUGGCUGAUGAAUGCUAUGAUUCAGAAGCAGAAGGUUUUACUUGUACUUACGAGCUCCAUUGCGUAUCAAGUUUUCUCUCUGCCGCCACUUCGUUCAUUCUCAGAAUGGAUUCACAGAUCAAGCAUGCCAUUGUUGUGAAGAUCAUGGGCAGGACUGGUUCUCGAGGUCAAGUCACCCAAGUGAGAGUGAAAUUCAUUGAUGAUCAGAAUCGAUUCAUCAUGAGAAAUGUCAAGGGACCUGUCAGGGAGGGUGACGUACUCACCUUACUCGAAUCUGAGAGGGAGGCAAGGAGGCUUCGCUGA